CGCCGGGGGCGGGGCGCGUCGGGCCCGGCGCGGGGCGGCGGGCGGCGGCCGGAGUCGCCAUGGGGCCGCGCGGGGCAGCGGCGCGCGCGCUGGGGCUGGCGCUGGCGCUGGGGCUGGGGUUGGGGCUGGCGCCGCCGCCCCGCGCCCCCCCGCGCCCCCCCCGCGCCGGUGGCGGCGGCCUGGCGGCGGCGGCGGCGGGCGGCGAGGCCUGCGGCGGCCUGCGCGGCGUCCCGGCCGCCCUCGGCAACAACACGCACCAGUGCAUCUUCGACGACCUCAGCGGCUCCGUGUCGCUCUCCUGGGUGGGGGACAGCACAGGGGUUAUCCUUGUCCUGACCACGUUCCAGGUGCCCCUGGUGAUCAUGAGCUUCGGGCAGUCCAAACUCUACCGGAGCGAGGACUACGGGAAGACUUUCAAGGACAUCACCGACCUCAUCAAUAACACGUUCAUCCGGACCGAGUUCGGCAUGGCUAUCGGCCCGGAGAACUCAGGAAAGGUCAUCCUGACGGGCGACGUGUCCGGAGGGAGCCGCGGCGGCAGGAUCUUCCGCUCGUCCGACUUCGCCAAGAACUUCGUGCAGACGGACCUGCCCUUCCACCCCUUGGUGCAGAUCCUGUACCACCCCCAAAACUCCGACUACCUGCUGGCCCUCAGCACCGACAACGGCCUCUGGGUGUCCAGGGACUUCGGGGAGAAGUGGGAGGAGAUCCACAAAGCUGUCUGCCUGGCCAAGUGGGGCGCUAACAACACCAUCUUCUUCACCACCUACCUGAACAGCUCCUGCAAAGCUGAUCUCGGGUUACUGGAGCUAAAGAAAACCUCCGACUUCGGCAAAGCCUUCAAGGUCAUCGGCACCAAGAUCUACUCCUUCGGCCUGGGCGGACGCUUCCUUUUUGCCUCCGUCAUGACAGAGAAGGGCAACACGAGGCGCAUUCACGUCUCGCUCGACCAAGGCGAAACGUGGAACAUGGCCCAGCUCCCCUCCGUGGGCCACGAGCAGUUUUACUCCAUCCUGGCCGCCAACGAGGACCUGGUGUUCAUGCACGUGGAUGAGCCGGGAGAUACGGGUUUUGGCACCAUCUACACCUCCGAUGACCGAGGCAUCGUGUACUCCAAGUCCUUGGAGCGGCACCUCUACACCACCACCGGCGGGGAAACCGACUUCACCAACGUCACCUCGCUGCGGGGCAUCUACAUCACCAGCGUCCUCUCGGAAGACAACUCCAUCCAGUCGGUGAUCACCUUCGACCGCGGCGGCGAGUGGGUGCCGCUGAGGAAGCCGAAAAACACCACGUGCGACUCCACGGCGAAGAACAAGGACGAGUGCAGCCUCCACAUCCACGCGUCCUACAGCAUCUCCCAGAAGCUGAACGUGCCCAUGGUGCCGCUGUCCGAGCCCAACGCCGUCGGCAUCAUCAUCGCCCACGGGAGCGUCGGGGGGGCCAUCUCGGUGAUGAGCCCGGACGUCUACAUCUCGGACGACGGGGGCUACACGUGGGCGCGGAUGCUGGAGGGGCCCCAUUACUACGCCAUCCUGGACUCCGGCGGCCUCAUCGUAGCCAUCGAACACACCAGCCAGCCCGUCAACGUGAUCGAGUUCUCCACAGACGAAGGCCAGUGCUGGUAUAAGUACACUUUCUCCAAGGAUCCCAUCUUCUUCACCGGCCUGGCGUCCGAGCCCGGAGCCAGGUCCAUGAACGUCAGCAUCUGGGGCUUUCGGGGCAACUUCCUGUCCCGCAAGUGGGUCUCGUACACCAUCGACUUCAGCGAGCUGCUCAGCAGGACCUGCGAGGACAAGGACUACACCAUCUGGCUGGCUCACUCCAGUGAUCCCAGUGACCCCAGUGACGGCUGCAUCCUGGGCUACAAGGAGCAGUACCGGCGCCUCCGCAAGUCCUCGGUGUGCCAGAACGGCCGGGACUACGUGGUGACCAAGCAGCCGUCCAUCUGCCCCUGCACCCUGGAAGACUUUCUCUGCGAUUUCGGCUACUAUCGCCCGGAGAACCAGUCUGUGUGCGUGGAGCAGCCGGAGCUGAAGGGACACGACCUGGAGUUUUGCCUCUACGGCAGGCAGGAGCUGCUCAAGACCAGCGGGUACCGGAAGAUCCCAGGAGACAAAUGUUCAGGAGGGGAAAGUCCGAGCCGGGAAGAGACCGACAUGAAGAAGAAAUGCACCAGCAACUUCCUGAGCCCCAGCCAGCUGGCCGCGUCCUCCAGCUCCACUCCCAUCAUCCUGGCUGUCGUCGCCCUGCUGCUCGUCACCGCCGUGGCCGGGGUGCUCCUCGUCAAGAAAUACGUGUGCGGGGGCAGGUUCCUGGUUCACCGCUACUCCGUCCUCCGGCAGCACGCCGAGGCCAACGGCGCGGAGGGCAUCGACGCACCAGACCCCGUCGCGCCGGCGAGCAAAGGAGGUUACCACGAUGACUCGGACGAGGACCUCCUGGAGUAGCGGCACGGCUGCCCCGGGGAUGCCGCAGGGCUGCCCGGUGCCUCCAGCCUCGCGGGAAGGCCCCUCCGCGCCGCCGCUGCCCCGGCUCGGGCCUCGCUCGCCCGCUUCCGGCCCGGCCGCCCCGGGCAGCACCGGCUCUGCCGCCCCGGGGGAGGCUUCGCUGGGGUGGGCAGGGAAGCACGCAGGAUUUUAACUUAACUUUAUUUUAAUAUUUCUUUCCAGCCGUUGGGGGCGGGGGUUUGGUCUUUUUUUCUUUCGGCCGUCUGUUUUUUUUAAGGACAACUAAGUAGGAAUGUGAAAGGACCCUUCACUAAGUGCUAGCGUUACUAGAUGCAGCUCCCCCGCGGGGAGCAGCCCCCCGACCCCGCGCUCACGGGACGCUCGUGGCGGCACGGCGGCAGUGAGGCUUUCCCGCGGCUCCUUCCCCGCCGCUGCCCCGUUUCUCCUCCGAAGCAAUACGAGCUGGGCCGCCGGCUCCGUGCCCGCCAGCCGGAGCCCCGCGCCGGGACGGCAAUGCCUGGCUCUCGGCCCCCCCCUCCCGGGCUGGCCUUGGCCAAGGGAAAUGCAGCAAUAACGACUUCAAGCUUGAAGAUACCUUAACGAGAGGCCGGCGGGGCUCGGUCCUGCGCGGGAGCGGAGGCAGCCACGGAGGAGCUGCAGUGAGCGGCUGAGAGCAGCACGCCCACGUCGCGGGUAGGUCCCUGCCGCUCCCCCCCUUCUCGCCACUGCUUCAAAACUGCCAGGUUUUGGUCCCAGCACUGGUACAGUCUCCUUACACUGGAAAUCGCCGCUGGGGAGGCUGCUGCACCCGCCGCGCGCCCUGCGCCCCGCUGCCAGCUGCGACGGGCGCGAUGCUCUGCGCCGGGACGCGGGCGCAGCCUCCCUCGGCGCCUCCCCGGCGCGGUGCUGCGGAUACCGCCGCAGCCUCGUGCUGCGCGUGGGUCGUCGCCACGGGGCUUUCGCUAUCGCGAUUCCUCGUGCUCGGCACAACCGGCCGGCGUUGGAGGGGGUCUGGGGGCCCGUGCAGAGCUGCCUGCCCCUCCGCGGCUGUGCAAAACCUGCUUCCUUGCCAGCACGGCACGGCACAGCGUGGCACAGCGUGGCAUGGCAUUGCAAAGCAUUGCACGGCGUGGCACGGCCUUGCACGGUGCGGCACGGCAUUGCAAAACAUUGCACAGCACGGCACGGCCUUGCACGGCACUGCAUGGCAUUGCACGGCCUUGCACGGUGCAGCGCGGCAUUGCACAUCGCACCACCCGCCCCAUGGCUCAGCCAGGGGCCCCACGGUGCUGCCACGUGCGUGUGCUUCGAUGGCACCGACUCUGCGCGCCGCACAAGACCCAUCGGGCCCUGGGAACGUAGGGGACGUAGCGUGACCCCCCCACCUAAAAGCCAUAGCCCUUGGGGCUGCCCACGGCCAGGUCUGGCCCGGGGCAGGGGGACCGCGGCCUGUGUAGAGUCCUGUAAAUAAACCUGGAUGUGUUAUAACUUUGUACUGGUAUUUUUCUGUAUAUUUGCAAUAUUUGGGUUAGAAAUAAAGCCAAAAUGGA